AAAAGAAGGAUGUUGUGAAAGGUGGAAGGCAUGAGCAAUAAAAUUUUGCAAUCAAAAAUUGCUUUGCUCCUAAGCGACUCCUGUCCAACAUAGCACUAAUAGUUAUUAUUGAUCAAAGACCAAUUUCACUUUGGGGUCACGACAUGUUUGAAGUGUGAGCUAACAUGGUGUGGCUCAAGGUUUUCAUGAGCCUCAUCAUUACUGCAAAUAGUUCAGAAUGAAAUGAUAUUGACUGAUGAUUGAAGUUAAAAACUGUUACAGGUUUCCCCUGCUGAUCAGCUCUCUGCGAAAAGCAAAGAAUCAGAGCCAAAAGGACUUGUAGUUUACUGCUUCCAAAUGGAUGAUAGAGCACAAAAAGAGAUGCGAUCUCUUGUUCCAGGUUAUUCAGCUAUCCAAUGGAAAGAACUCUCAACAAAACAGUUCCACUAAAGUUUUCCUGGUAACCCUUUCGCUCAUUCUCAUCAGUUCAAUCCCUCUAGGUCUCCUGAAAAGUUCCCAUUCGCCAUUGCCAUCUCCCAAGAUUAAUAUAAGUAGCCUGAGAAGCAUCGAGCUAGAUAACAAAUGUGAUGUAUUUAAGGGAAAAUGGGUGCCUCAUCCACAAGGUCCCUACUACACUAACGAAACUUGCCGCCUCAUCAUUGAUCAGCAUAACUGCAUGAAGUUUGGGAGACCUGACUCGGAGUUCAUGAAAUGGAGGUGGAAGCCAGAUGACUGUGUCCUACCCCUCUUUGAUGCAGCUCAGUUCUUAGAGAUGGUUAGAGGGAAGUCGAUGGCCUUUGUUGGGGAUUCAGUAGGAAGGAACCAAAUGCAAUCAUUACUGUGCCUCUUAGCUGAUGUAGCAUAUCCAGAAGAUAUUUCUGAUAAACUUUCAGCAGACACCAAUUAUUUCAAGCGUUUGUUCUAUGCUGAUUACAACUUCACCCUAGCAACAUUUUGGUCACCGUUCUUGGUUAAAUCCAGAGAUGCAGACCCUGAUGGUCAUUCCUACAACAGCCUCAUGAGCCUUUACUUGGAUGAAGCUGAUGAAGCAUGGGCUAAUGAGAUAGAAAAUUUUGAUUAUGUGAUCAUAUCAGCAGGGCAAUGGUUCUUCCGCCCACUGCUUUUCUACAACAAGGGCCAACUUGUUGGAUGUCACAAGUGCAAUGGAAACAUCACAAGCCUUACCAGGUAUUCUGCAUAUAGAAUGGCCUUCAGAACCGCUUUCAGAACUCUUCUUAGCCUUAAAAACUACAAGGGUACUACAUUUUUAAGGACAUUUUCCGCGUCCCACUUUGAGAACGGAGAUUGGGAUAAGGGAGGAAGCUGUGCUAGAAUAAGACCCAUUACUGGCCAAGAAAUGAAGCUAGAAGAGUUUAACAUGGAGUUCUACCUGACUCAAGUAGAGGAACUAAGAACAGCAGAGAAAGAAGGGAAGACAACUGGCUUAACAUUUCAACUGCUGAACACUACAGAAAUUAUGUGGUUGAGACCAGAUGGACAUCCGAACAGUUAUGGACAUUCGAUGAAUAGGAAUGCGACAGUAAACGACUGUGUUCACUGGUGCUUGCCAGGCCCCAUCGACACAUGGAAUGAGUUUUUGCUAUAUUUGAUGAAGAGGGAUGCUCUACAAAGGUUAAGAGCAAAGUUGAUGAAAAAUGCCUGAUCAAACUUACAUUCUAAUUGUUCUGAAGUAUGCUCUCCAGUUUAAAUUAUUAAUUCUUUGCUGCUGUAAAAAAAAAUAUAUAUUUUCAUUAUUUACAAUACAUAAAACAUUUGUGGAUUUGAGAUUGUAUUUGAAAUCUUAUCUGUAAAAGUAUAUUGUUUCAUAAAGGAAAUACAACAAUUCUUGAUCAACCGUCGUUAUAUCAAAAUACAUUAUUAGUGCUCAUAAUACUAAAAAAUCAUUAUAGUUCUCUUCCAGAAACAGAGUCAGUGAAAUUAGGAGAUGAGAAAUCAUUAUUGUUCUCUUCCACAGUGGCCUGAUGAGCGCAACCAGUAGACCUGACAGGAGCAAUGGAUCCAAUGCAAUAGAAGAACCA